AAAAAAAAAAAAAAAAAAAAAAAGGAAAAGUAAGCAAGCAAAGGUGUUCUAAAUUCUGAAUCUUGACGGUCGUCAAACUUGAAACUUUCAUCAAACCAAAGGUUUUCUUUCCCAUUUUGUCCCUCUUUUGAUUGAAUCAACACCAAACUGUAUCAUUCAACAUAAUUUUAAUGUCAAAAUGCAAUUCUUGAUUGAUAAUUUUAAUAUACUAGUAGUACUAUUUUAUUUCAAAUGCCUGUCAGCAAGAUUUACAGAGACAAGAAGAAGAAGGUUCCAUGUACUAUUAGCAGCCUUCCAUGUGGACUAAAAGGUCUAUAAAUCCAUAAAUACCGAACCAAAAUUUCCAAAUCCAAGAACCCACAAAAGCUUUUGUUGACUAACUGCCACUGCUGUUUGUUUUUUCAUAUUGUUGGAUUUAGUUUGGUUAUGUGAAAAUGGAAAAAGAUUCAAACUUUACUGAUGAAAAUGGAGAAAAAGAUAGGAAAUCUGGAAUGGGUAUUGAGGAAACUGAGAAUAGCAAUAAGAAGGAAGAGAGGAAAUCUGAAAUGGAUAUUGAGAAGAAUGAGAAUAAUAAUAAGAAGACAAGGAGAAAAGGGUGUUUUAUUUUGCCUAGGUUUGCAUGUAUGAGAUUGGAUGAUGAAGUUCCAGUUGUUGAGACAACUGCUGCUGGUGAAUCUAGUUUUGAUGUCGAAGCUAGCCAAAAGGGUCCUCCUCCUAAUCACUUAGUUGUCAUGGUUAAUGGCAUUAUUGGCAGUGCAGAAGAUUGGAAAUAUGCUGCCAAGCAAUUUGUGAAGGCCUAUCCACGAGAUAUCAUUGUUCAUUGCAGUAAAUCUAAUUGUUCGAAGUUGACAUUUGAUGGUGUUGACAUAAUGGGGACAAGAUUAGCUGAAGAGGUACUAUCUGUUAUAAAACAGCAUCCACAUCUACAAAAGAUUUCUUUUGUUGCUCACUCCCUAGGUGGCCUGGUAUGUAGAUAUGCGAUUGCAAAGCUAUAUGAACAAAAAUCUGCAAGAAGAGCUUGCGGAGAAGAUAUGGAAUGCUGUAGUCUUAAUGGGUCCACUAAUUCAUGUGUGGAAGAAGAAGUAUCAAAAAGAAAAAUUGCAGGCUUGGAACCCCUGAACUUUAUAACCUGUGCUACACCACAUCUCGGCUGUAGGGGGCACAAACAGGCUCCAGCAUUCUGUGGGCUACACUCACUUGAAAAAGUUGCAGCAAGUUCCUCAUGGUUACUUGGAAGAAGCGGAAGGCAUCUCUUUUUGAAAGAUUGUGAUGAAGGGAGGAGACCUCUUCUUCUUCGGAUGGCCAGUGAUUCUGAAGAUCUUCCAUUUAUAUCUGCUUUGCAGUCAUUUAAGCGUCGUGUGGCCUACGCAAAUACAUGUUUUGACUAUCUUGUUGGAUGGAGUACAUCAUCUUUGCGGCGCAGAUAUGAGCUUCCAAGGCGUCGAAACUUGAAAAAAGUGGAUAAAUACCCACAUAUUGUAAAAGUAGAUGAGGCAACAAGUGUUAGUUCUCAAGAAGAAACUCCUACAGAGGCCAAGAUAAAUGGACGCAAGUCUCAAGAAAUGGAAGAGGCCAUGAUAAGAGGUUUAACAAAGAUGAGCUGGGAAAGGAUUGAUGUUAGCUUCAAAGGAAGUAAACAGAGAUACUUUGCGCACACAGCAAUUCAGGUGCAGUCCUAUUGCAUGAAUUCUGAUGGAGCAGAUGUUAUACAACACAUAAUCGACAACUUUGUCGUAUAGAAGCAGGGAAGUUUUUGUAUUUACAACACCUAUAUUGGUUGGAGGCCUGUGUAAUUUACAGCGCCUGCUACAUAAUUUGUAGAAGAUGCAUGCAUACGAGUUCGAGAUAUACAAAUGAUACGUCAAAGUUCAAUUUAGGUGAAUUAUAGUUAUUAGAGCAUAUAUAGUGAAUUCAUUUGUAAAGUUUUUGAGGUCCUAUUUGUAUAUGUAGUUCAUAUGGCUUGUAUCUCUUCAAAUUUAAUGACAAAUACUUCCUCUGUACCAAAACCAAUAAUGCGAUUCAAGCAUGAGGGUUAACUUUA